UGUCCUCCCCAGAUUAGCUAGGUUUUCCUCUCCCGCCUUGUUGAUAUUGAGAGUACUAUAAGAACGUAACCUGCGAUAUAAGAAACUGAGCCCUCCGUAUCGUAUCUCCCACGCCUGUUCGCGCCAUUUCACAAGAAAACCACCUACUCUACUACGGAAGCUAUCCCAGCACUCCCAACUUGAAACCAGCGCGCCAGAACAACCUUGAAGAUGGCGCGGCAAGGGUGCGGACCGCGCAGAAGGCGCCAGCAGAACCCGCUCGAGAUCGCAAAUGGCCACCUCACUUCUGUUGCAAACCACCUGCGGCGCGCAGUGCGAUAUACCGGAGUGUAUAAACUCUAUUUCCGACAAGAAUUACGAUCCCGCCUCAUGGCUCUCCCACCCGAAAUCCGACUACUGAUAUACGAGUACGUCCUCGGCUACCGCACCAUACACAUCGAGCGUGGGGAAGACAUUGGCUGGCACUAUUUUGUAUGCAGAGGUGAGAAUAGAACUCAUUCCGAGCUGGCGGUCGGCGAGAUCUGGGCGGGACAUAGAGGACAUGGACAUGGUGUCCCCGGCAGCGUCCCGGGCGAGGGCAAUGCGAACAGCUGGAAAAGCACAAUCCCAGCGUGCCGAUUCGCAUAUCGGAGCAGCUUCGGCGCCGUGGUCAGGAACUGUAGCGCAACCCGUUGGUUCAUCGAGGCCGAAUCCGAGCAGGUCUCGCGCGAACUGUUAUUGCAUUUGGACCUGCUAUCACUAAACAGGCUCGUUCAUCACGAGGCCGCGCAGCUUGUGUACCGCACGACCAUCUUCGCGUUCCGCGAGGUCGACGCGUUUCGCGAAUUCGCCGAUAAGGACGGGCAGUUGGCGAGUCGUGUGCAGAAUCUCGUGCUCUACUUCGAGCCACGGGGCCGGCGGAUGCAUCUCUGGAAUGAGUGGCUGCGUGAGCAGAUAUAUUCUGGUUACGAGGACCCGGAGAUAUUGAGCGUCUUCUCCAGCGUCCAAAAGCUGCAGAUUGUUGUGGGCGGGUCUAAGCCGUUGGAUGAGCGGUGUCUAUGGACUGUGUAUGGAUUAUUCGCGCUGUGUAAGCUCGGCGUUCGAGAGGUCUCUGUUGAUGUCAGUCUCUGUUCUGGGAUUCACGAUGGAACGAGGCGGUUUGCUCGCGCCUUGGAGGGGAAGCUGCGGCGAUUGUGGGACGAUGAGGCUGAGAGGGAGAUGGGCGAGCUGGAGGUCGAGUAUGCGAGCAGCCCAGUUGGGAUGGUCAACGCUUUUAUGGUGGAGGGGAGUCGCUGUAUCUUUCCAGGUUAGAUAGCCACGGCUGGUUUCGAGCGCAGAGUGAUGUCAGUGAGUGUGUUUUGAGCGUGGGCUCGUGCAGAGACUGCUUGUGAACCUCUACGGCUUUUGUUGGAGGCCAAUGUGGUAACGUGACUGAGGCUGCCUGGUAUUAACACCUGCUUUUCCACGAGUGAAUCUUUCUUUCUUCCUUCCAUGCUCUUGGAAUCGUCCUGUGGUCCUUUGAAGGUCUGUCUACUCACUCUUCAACAUAAAUUGGCCCUUUCUUUCAACCAGCCUAUUAUAGUGAACAGACGUUUCUUAGGCACCAUUUCCUUUCAUUUGGACUCGAUGGCGAUGCCAACACAGCACACCCAGGCCCUAGAGGUCGACGAGAAUCAACGCACCCUGCCCACCUUCUGCCCCUAUACAGGUUUGAGCUUGAUCCCAC